GAUAAUAAGUUAUCUUGCCGCGUAGCCGCCCAGUGGGAACUCGCAAUUGGCGACUGCUGCUAGAACCUUCUUUUGUUAUCUCGCAAUGGCUGACUUAAGCCCCAAGCCAUUACCAAACCUAUAAAUACACGCCUUCUUUUUAUUCUUCUUCUUCAAUUCAUAUUCAUAAUCCACAUUUAUUCAUCAGUUUUUCGUUCCCUUCACAAAACUCAGAACCCUAACUAUAUCCAUGGCAUCGGGUGGAACAGAAGCUUUUCCAGAUUUGGGUAAACACUGCCAGCACCGCGAUUGCAACCAGCUCGAUUUUCUUCCUUUCACCUGCGACGGUUGCCAACAGAUCUUUUGUUUGGAACACAGAUCCUACAAGUCCCACGCGUGCCUGAAAUCCGACCACAACAGCAGAAAGGUUGUUGUUUGCGAAGCAUGUUCCAUGUCCAUCGAGACCACCGGCCAUGUGGGACAAGACGAGGAGGCAAUCUUGCAGAAGCACCUCAAGUCUGGUAAUUGUGACCCUACCAAGAAGAAGAAACCAAUUUGUCCCGUCAAGCGUUGCAGGGAGGUUUUGACGUUUUCCAACACCAGCACAUGUAAAACUUGCCACAUUAAGGUGUGCCUCAAGCAUCGUUUCCCUGCUGAUCAUGCCUGUAGCAGAGGAGCUUCAGCUUCUUCAUCAGCUUGUGUUUCUAAUGGUUUGUGGAACAAUCGGUUCUUGACUGCUUUUGCCAAGAGGACUGGACAAGAAUGUGCCAAAAAUGGUGCAACUUGUUCUACUUCUCCUCCUAGUACACCUUCUGUUAAGGCCUAUUGAUUGCUACAUGCUUGAUGUGUUACUUAUUGAUUCUUGGGUGGUUUGAUGGCAAUACAGUAUUGCUUUACAGUGUAAUUUGAAUGUUCAUGAUUACAUUGCAUCCAUGAACUACGAUAUUGAAAUCAUCUGUAUUGGGAUUUGUUUUGAUUUGGAUCAUAUCUGUCAUUGUACACAAACAAGGUUUUAAAUUUCAGUGGAGGUUGUCACAUUCUUUGAUAUUACAACAAA